ACAGCCCACUGCCCAAAGGAUCCAAGAGGAACUCCAAAUAGGAUAAUCCAAGAAUGAUUUUCCAUUCCCAAGGCGUGGGUGCAUGGAGGAGGAGGAAAAGCCCCAGAUAUCCCUCAUGAGGAGGGGCUGCAAACCCAGCCCAGGGAGCUGCGAGGAGGAAAGACUCUCCCUGAGCCGGGAAGGUGGCCGGAGAUCCAGGCAGAGCUCAGAGCUGGUGAAGAAGUCUCAUGGCGGGGAGAAGCUCCAAAAGUGCUUGGCAUGUGGGGAGGGUUUUAGCUACAGCUCCCAUCUGACCCAGCACCAGAUGAUCCACACUGGGGAGAGGCCCUAUGAGUGUGGAAAAUGUGGGAAGAGCUUCAAAGACAUCUCCCACCUGAGGCAGCACCAGGUGAUCCACACAGAGGAACGGCCCUACACCUGCUUGGAAUGUGGGAAGAGCUUUGGGGACAGCUCCAAUCUGAGAAAACACCAGAACACCCACACCGGGGAGAGGCCCUGCGAGUGUCCUGAGUGUGGGAAGAGGUUUCAGACCAGCUCCCAUCUCCUCCUACAUGAACGGAUUCACACAGUGGAGAGGCCCUUCCUUUGCCCCGACCGCAGGAAGGGAUUCAAGCACAACUCCACCCUCACUCGCCCACCAGCGCAUCCACAAUGGGGAGAGGCCCUACGAGUGUCCUGAGUGUGGGGAGAGCUCCUCACAGAGCUGUAACUUGACCCGACACCAGCGGAGGCAUCACUAAGGGAAGCCCUGAGAGUGCCCCGAGUGUGGGAAGAGCUUCGUGCUCUGCUCCAGCUCCAUCCCCAUGGGAGGAUCAAUGUUGGAUGAUCCCCAGUGACCCCCAUUGGGCAGAAUCCUGGUGAUCCGUGGUCCUAGUGAUCCCUGUUGGGUGGGGGGAAGGGGUUGGAGAGAUUUCUCUCCCUUCUCCUUGUCUUGUUAUGGUUUGGUUUGUAAUAAAUUCCCUCCCUGUGCCC